AUGGGAGAGGAAAACAAAGUGAUUCUGCUUGGAAAUUGGUCAAGCCCUUUUGUUAAGAGAGUGGAAUUGGCUCUCAAAACCAAAGGCAUUCCGUUUGAGUACGUGGAAGAGGAUUUGAGCAACAAAAGUGCUUUGCUCCUCAAGUAUAAUCCAGUACACAAGAAGGUUCCUGUUCUUGUCCAUAAUGGAAAGCCAGUAUGUGAAUCUCUAGUUAUUCUUGAAUUUAUUGAUGAAACCUGGCAAAAUGGACCUCACCUCCUGCCUAAGGAUCCUUAUGAAAGAGCCAAAGUUCGCUUUUGGGUAGCUUAUAUCCAUCAGCUGUUAGAAAGCAUGGCCAAACUCUACACACCUGACAAAGAGGCACGAGAGAAAGCCCUUAAAGAAGUGCAUGAGAAGCUGAGAGUUUUGGAAGAUGGCAUGAAGGAAAACUUUCCAGGGGGAAGUCCUGAUGUCCGUGCCAAAAAGCUGGAAAUCCUAGAUAUCAUGAUGAUUGCAACUGUUGGUUCCUUCAAGACACACGAAGAGGUUCUCGGUGUACAGAUUUUGGAUCCGGAGAGGAAUCCACUCACAUUUUCGUGGGUGCAAGCUCUCAAUGAGCUGCCUGUAGUGAAGGAAAGUAACCCUCCAUAUGAAAAGUUGAUUGCUCUUCUUCAGUCCCUAAAAGAAAGUGGCAUGAAAUUCUACAAUUGA